CCGGCGUGUUUUGCUGAGUGUGGUUGGCUGCGUCGCUGCUCUAUCUUAAAGCUGCAUUUUCAAGUACUCUGGGCAUCCCAGAGUCUCUAUUUCAGCACGCAAUGACACAACGUGAGUGAGGCGGGAGAAAGAAAAUACCGGCAGAAGAAAACGUGGGGGUGAGAGACGAGAAAAUAUGGUCAAGGGGCGACCCAAUGGAAAGGAAGAGGGGCUGCCGAGAUAUGUACACAGAGGCCUUCGAAAUGCUCUUUCUAAUGCCCGUGAAGGGUGCAGCUGGGGCGUCGCUUCUCCUCGUCGCGAUGGCUAAUCACACCUGCAGGAGGAGACAAGCGCUAUUCAGGUGUCCGAUGGCUGGGUACGUGGCAGCACUGAUCCCCGGUGAGGAGGAGGCCGUGCUGGCGACUCGUGCAGCAUUCGGUGAGGAGGAGGCGGUGCUGGCGACUCGUGCAGCAUUCGACAGAGGGAGACGAAAAGCGAAGGAAAAGUCUGCGCCCUCACAAGUUAAGAUCUGAGUUUUCUUCUUUCUCAUUUUCUUAGUUUUUAGUUGAAUCUUACGCCGAUGUAAUAGGAAACCUUAUGAUAGAGUUCAGCAGAUAAAAAUUACGAUAAAACCCAAAGAUAGAAUAAAAGUGAGUUUGAAAUUAGGCUAAAUAGUAGUUUUUAUAUGAUUAAAACUAAAAUCUUACAUCAUGUUUCUUUUUUUUUUCUUAAUGUAAAGAGGGCUGCUGGCUAAGGGCAAUAAAAAUAUGAGUAAAAAAUUUCACUUGAAUGCAAGGUCCAAAAUAAUCAAUUAUUAGUGGGUAAAUGUCUUGAAACCUUCCUCUUGAAAGAGUUCAAGUCAUAGGAUGAGGAAAUACUGAAAUAGGCAGGGAGUUCACAGGAAGUUAAUUUAUGUAUGCGUGACUGCUUACGGAAAUAAAUAAAUUUGUGACGGUAGAAGUUAAUACAUUUUACAUUUUUAAGACCUUGAAAAUCACAAGUCCUCAAACACACUGACGAAUAAAGUUUACAUAUAACACAUAAAUGGAAUGAAAAGGGAGGAGAAUAAACAUUAGACAAAAAAAAAAUUGAUCUGUACAUUUAAUUCCAGGCUAAACCUCAGUGAUCUUGUUCUAUGUGUGUUAUUUGUCCCGUCCUCUCUUGUGUGGUGUCGCAGGAAAAAAAAAAUCCAUGCUGACUUACCUGUAGGGUAGGUAAUAAGACCUCUUACCUUGGCAUUGGAAGA